AUGCCUAUUCCUACGCGAUCGGCCUCGCUGCGCGAGCCACGUAAACAGACCUCCAAUAUUGCACGACCUACCACGAAACCUUUACCCACAACUGGAAGAGAAACCACACAGAAUGAGAAGAGUCGCUCACCAUCUACCUCCUCGCUGGUCGAGGGUCCAAAUGACAAUGGAGCCCGCGGCAGGACUCAGCUCCCUCAACGCAGUACCCUGACAGACCGUCCCACCCGGCCGCUUCAGGCCAGCAAGCUCCCACGUGGGGAUCCCUCGCCGACAAGACGAGAGAGAUCACCGGACAAGAAGUCGGAACAACCAGAAGCUUCGACUACCAAGCUUACGACACUACUGAGCCGCCGGCAAAGCAUAAUGAGACCUACGUUGAAGAUGCCUGCGAAACCCCUUGUGCCGUUAAAGAGCUCAGCAACACCCCCGUCACCUCGUAAGCCACCAACGCGAGCUCCUGUCCAGCCUCCUAUAACCAGAAGACCUCCAUCGCCCAAGAAAACGGAUAUGCCGCCUCCACCGCGACCAACUCGCUCUUCUUCCCUCAGACAACCUGUCACCGCCACCAAGGCACUGCCUACUGUCAGAGGCCAUACCAGACAUCGAAGUCAGAUGGUGCUGAAUACAAAGACCGAGCCAAGACCAACAUCUCCUUUGAAGCCACGAGCUCAAUAUUCCACUUAUCAACAACAUGCCCCCAAGAAAACAUCCAAACCCCCGACUCCGGUUGCGGGUCAAGCGGAUACAAGCAAUCUCUUGAUUCCUUCAUCAUGGCCUGAUAUCACAGCUCUACAGACUGAACUACUCCAACUCAGUUUGUUCCAUUCUAGCGCAUUACAGAGGCAGGCUGAGUGGAAGUCCGAUGCGGAGACCCGUCUCCGCAAAAAGUAUGACGGAGUUUCUGGCCAGUACCGUUCUUUGAUAAUAGAUGAAACGCGACGGCAAUGUGAGCUCAACGCAAAGGCUCUUGGUCUCUGGCUGUCUAACUGCCAGGAGCAUCAUAGUCUGCAUGAUUUCCCUGAGCAGAUUCAAAUCCUAUCGCGAGUUAUCCAGGAAGUCUUUGAUAUGAUUUCCUUGAACAGUUCGGACAGGGGAGGGAAAUAUACCUCUGCGGUAGCAGACUUUGAGGAAUGGAUCGAGCAAGCCGAUGUGAUCCAUCAAACCCGCGGAGGAAACAGAACUGAUGUUGCGACCUUCAUUGACCAAUUACCCCGUAGCUGGAAGGAUACAUUGCAAGAACUGAGUCUCAAAUUGGAGCUCUGUGCACGGCAUCUACAAUCCCUUGACGUUCUGGGCUUCGGUGAAAUCGAGCAACUGGGGAGUGCUGCCCUCACUAGUUUAAUUACGAAGCUAGGUGAAUUGAUGCAGCUUAUGACACAGGAGAUCCGUGUGAUGCGAGCACUCGAGGCAGAGAUUGUGCGCAUCGAGAGAGAUUCUAUUGCUCACCUUGCCACACAGCUCACCGAGUCUUCAAGGGGCAUGCAAGCCCCCCGUGUCGGGGUGUGGAGCAGGUAA